AUGAAUAACGGUUGUGAGGUUUUCGCAAAGCUCCCAAAUCCCAACGCCGGGGCUGCUCGUUUCACAAUUGCUUCCGAGGUCGCCACACAUAAAUUACUUUCCGACGUCUUGAAGCUCCCUGUUCCCCGAGUUCUAGCAUGGUCCUUUGAUGCAAAUAAUCAUGUUGGGGCCGAGUAUAUCAUUGAAGAAAAAGCGCCCGGUGUUCGUCUAGGCUCUGUUUGGAAUCUAUGGCCUCGAGAAUCAAAGCUCCAAUUGAUCAUCCAGGUGAUUGACAUUCAGAACACUUUAACCGGUGUGACUUUCGAUAUGCACGGCUGUAUUUACCUCAAGGACGAUCUUCGCUCCCUAGGCGAGGAACCUAAAGAAGCCAACAUUCAGUCUGCUACGACCAGCAUCCCUGAUAUUUUUGCCAUGGGACCUCUCACUACCAGCGAAUUGUGGAACGGGGUAAGGAGUGGCAUGAAUUUGGAUCGUGGUCCCUGGAAGGAUUCCAGCGACUACACUCGCGCAUUGGGACGCAACGAGAUUUCAUAUAUCAAGUCACAUGCAAUUCCUCGGAUGAACUACUAUCGGUCGCUCAAAACCCAGGAACAUCCCGAGGACGGUCUUGCUCUUUUGACCAAAUAUAUGAAAGUUGCUCCCUAUCUUAUUCCUCAAUCUACCAACGAAGCAGCAUCCAACAACGUUCUAAUGCACCCCGAUCUUCAUCUGGAUAACAUCUUCGUCGAUCCAGAGACCCUUCAAAUCACACGUAUCGUGGAUUGGCAAUCGGCGUGUGCUGCACCGUUAUUCUAUCAUGCCGAUGUCCCAAGGAUGUGUGCCCACCGUGGGCCUCUUCAAGAAGGCUGGGCCGUGGCCGAAAGACCGAAAGACUUUGACAGCCUAGGUGCAGAAGAACAACGCAAGAUCGACGACGAUCUAGAGAGUCAGAUACUUCACAAAUACUACCUGGCCAAGGUGUACAGACUAUCGCCUCGUUACUGGUCUGUCCCCCAAAAUAAAAAUAUCCCUAUCAUCCGAAAACCAGUUUGGCUGGUUACAGGAGUGUGGGAAAAUCGCGAUCUAUUUUUUCUUCGCGAAUCACUCAUGUUGCUCUUCGCUCAGUGGGAAGAACUCGUCCCGGGUGUAGCAUGUCCGAUCGAUUUCACCAAUCAGGAUAUCGAACUUCACUCCAAGGAAGAGGAGAAUAUAAAUGGUGUCGGGAAGUUGCUGACAAUAUUUCGAGAUGAAUCUGUGCUCCCGGUGGAUGGCAUGGUCCUGCCCAAAGACUAUGAUACAGCCCAGAAGAAUAGCCGGAAAUUCAAAGAUAUCUUCAUCGGACUAGCUAAAGAUGACGAAGAGAAAGAGUUGUUCACCAAACUCUGGCCAUACCAGGAACCUGCAGACACUGAGCGUUCGUGA